CCGCCCGAGACCCAAGAUUAAGAACAUAAGUUUACAAGCAAACAUCCAACAACUGCCAGUAUUUUUCUAUGGUAUUAUUUGUAGUACAAACGUAAAUAAUGGAACAAGAUUGGGAACCAGUUAUUUUGAGAUCUACUAGGACUCCUAAGAAUAGGGAACUAGUAAGAGAAAGUGCUGUAAGAGAAUCUCUCCUGUCUGAAUCCACAUCAGGAAUUUGCAAAGGUGAAGAAGAUGAUACUACUAGUGUUGGUACCGCUUCGUUCUCGAGCCCUGACCUAGAAUUCAGCACUAGAGAACGACUGCCAACAAUACAAAAGAAACUUCCGAACUUGGGCGAUGAAGCAAUUGCGUUAUUAGAUAAGCCGAAAGCUAGUAAUGUCAAAAUUACGGUGAAUCCUGCUGAUCGAAACGUUGAAACUAAGAAACACGAUGAUGAAAAAUCGGAUAAAGAUAAAGUUAAAAUACCAGAUGGAGGGUGGGGAUGGGUGGUUGUGCUGUCUUCUUUCGUAAUAUCCAUGAUAGCCGAUGGUAUCAGCUUUUCUUUUGGAUUACUCUACAUAGAGUUUCUGGAAGAAUUUGAAGCCAGCAAAUCGACGACAGCUUGGAUAGGAAGCUUGUUCAUUGCUGUGCCACUACUCUCUGGUCCUGUGAUGAGUGCUUUGGUAGAUAGAUAUGGUUGUCGAAGCAUGACUAUUCUCGGUGGCCUGAUUUCAACAUUAGGAUUUGUUCUUGCUUCAAUUUCUACAACCCUAGAAAUGAUGAUGAUUACUUUUGGAGUUAUUGCUGGUUUGGGUCUCGGGCUGGUUUACGUUACCGCUGUCGUAUCUAUAGCGUACUGGUUUGAGAAAAAAAGAAAUUUGGCAGUAGGUUUAGGAGCAUGUGGAACAGGAGUUGGAACAUUCUUGUAUGCACCUAUGACACAAUACUUUAUUGAUGAGUACGGAUGGAGAGGUACAAUUCUCUUACUGUCUGGGACUCUAUUGAAUUUGUGUGUUUGUGGAUGCGUUAUGAGAGACCCAGAAUGGUGGAUACAAGAGCAGAAACGGCAGAAGAGCAGCAGAGAUGAAGGAAAACUUAAGAAAGAUGAUGAUAAGUCCAGACAUUCGAGUUCAGCUUCAAUUUCUACGCCGUAUGUCUUUGAUUUUGACGCACCAACACGCGGCAAGAGCAUGGUUGGUUUGAUCAAAAGAGGAGUUUCUCCGGAAAAGGUGAUCAAGCAAGAAGCAGACAACAUUAAACGUCACCAGGACAUUAUGAAACUUAAGAAAUCUAAACGUUUAAACUCAAAAUCUCAAUCCGUGGAGAACCUACCUACGUACCUCACUUACAGCGAAAAGUUAUCAAUGGGAACAUUAGACACAUUAGUAAAAAAGACUAGUCGAGCCUACGGAAUCGAGGUCAAAUAUCCAGCAUUUGCUAUAAAUCGUACUAAGAAGCAACUGCUAAAAGAACCGAGCAACGAAUCAAACGACCCCCCUGUAGUUAAAUACACGAAUGACGUUCUCCAACGAACUAAUUCAGAGAAAUAUGAGAAUAGAGAUAAAGCUUCAGACAAGUAUGAACUUAAGAAUCCAAAGAGAAAAGCAAUGAGAAAGGCAAAGUCAGAAACGAAGGAUGACAAGGAACUAGUGAAGCAAGAUAGUAAAGAAAAUAGAAAAGAUUGGCUGAAGAAGCAACUGUCUGUGAAUCAUCAUUACUUGAGGGAUUUGAAGAUGCCAUUGAAUUCUAUAAGCCAUAGAAAUGCCAUGUUGAACAUUAAGAGGUAUAGGUUGAAGGCGUCAUCGUGUCCAGACAUAUUCAAGAAUUCUAUGAUAACCAUCGAUGAGAAGGAAGAGAACUGGUACGACGAUUGCUUCAGCUGCCUCGCGGACAUGUUCAACGUGACCCUGUUCAAGCGUAUGACUUUCAACCUCCUAUGCUUGGGUACCAUCAUCUUGUUCAUCUGGUUCAUCGUGCCUUACUUCUACCUCGCCGAGCACAUGAUACACAAGGGGUACACCGACGAUGAGGGCGCUGGCAUGCUCAGCUUAAUUGGAAUUACUAAUACUAUUGGAAUGGUCGGGCUUGGUUGGAUAGGAGAUUUUCCCCAAGUUUCCAUAGGAGGCCUGUAUGCAGUGUGCCUCGUACUCUGCGGUGCUUCUGUAGCAGCUAUUCCACCAGCCGCCGCAACAAAUUACUGGAUUCUAGCCUCUGCGGCUGCAGCCUUUGGGUUGUUUUUCGCAGCAUCGUAUACCUUCACCCCGAGUCUGUUGGUGAAACUGGUGUCUUUGGAUGACUUUACUUCGGCAUAUGGGCUGGUCUUACUAGCGCAGGGAAUCGGUCAUCUUAUUGGUCCACCACUAUCAGGUUUCAUUUACGACGUGACGUUAUCCUGGGAGCUAUCGUUCUACCUGGCUGGUGGCUGGAUUGUAGUGGCUGGUAUUCUAGUUUCCCUCAUUCAGCCAGUGAAGAACUACCAGCUUCGUCGAGCUGCUCUUGAUGAUGUUAGCAUGGCUUAG